AUGAACGCUGCGACCAUCGCCGAGCCCUUCAGCUUGGCCGUGCGCCAGUACAUUGAGCAGGACAUGGGUGGCGUGGGUCCCAAACUCUACGCCGAGUGGACGGGCAAGACCUGUGCACGCAACGGCAUCCGCUACGAGCUGCGCGAAGUGCCCAAGGACGAGCUGCUGGAGGCUUUGGAGAAGGCCAACAAAGACUCGGAUGUGCACGGUAUUCUCGUGUACUACCCGUGCUUCGGCGCCUUCCCGAGCUUCGUCGGUGGCACCAUGGACGAUUUUUUGCGCGACAGCAUCAGCAUUAAGAAGGACGUGAAAAGACUGUGCCAAUUCUACCGUGGCAACUUGUACCGUAACAUCCGCUACGUAGACGACGAGAAGACGCAAAAGUGCGUGCUGCCUUGCACACCUUUGGCAAUUGUCAAGAUCCUCGAACACCUUGGCGUUUAUGACAAGACCAAGCCUACUGGCGACCACUUGUCAGGUGUUAACAUCACGGUUGUUAACCGUAGUGACAUUGUAACAGCGAACGUCUCCUACUCGCUCACUUGCAGAGGUCGUGUACGAUGUCUGGACACUUGUUUGCGCGUCAUCUGGGUCGGAUUGUUGUUCUGGUUCUUCAUCUGUAUCCCCAUCAACUUGAGUACACAGGCAUUCGACACCAAGCUACUUUCGAUGUUGGCGAAACUUGCCCUUACCCAAUGGCUUGGUUAA